AUGACGGAAACAAUCUGUUUUCUCCUAUUUGCUGUUCUCUACAUAGUUUCCUACUUCAUAAUCACAAGAUACAAAAGGAAAGCAGAUGAGCAAGAGGAUGAAGAUGCCAUCGUUAACAGAAUAUCGCUGUUCUUGAGCACCUUCACUCUAGCAGUUUCAGCUGGUGCAGUCCUGCUUCUGCCUUUCUCAAUAAUCAGCAAUGAGAUCCUGCUUUCUUUUCCACAAAACUACUAUAUUCAGUGGUUAAAUGGCUCACUAAUUCAUGGUUUAUGGAAUCUUGCUUCUCUCUUUUCAAAUUUAUGUUUAUUUGUGUUGAUGCCCUUUGCCUUUUUCUUCCUGGAAUCAGAAGGAUUUGCUGGCUUAAAAAAGGGCAUCAGAGCGCGCAUUUUGGAAACACUUGUAAUGCUUAUUCUUCUUGCACUGCUUAUCCUUGGCAUCGUAUGGGUGGCUUCAGCACUCAUAGACAAUGAUGCUGCCAGUAUGGAGUCUUUGUAUGACCUCUGGGAAUUCUACCUCCCGUAUUUAUAUUCCUGUAUAUCACUGAUGGGAUGCUUGUUACUUCUGUUAUGCACGCCAGUGGGACUUUCACGGAUGUUUACAGUAAUGGGUCAGUUGCUGGUGAAGCCAACAAUCCUUGAAGACCUAGAUGAGCAGAUGUAUAUCAUCACUUUAGAGGAAGAAGCAAUUCAGAGGAGGCUUAAUGGUGUAUCUUCCAUGGUGGAAUACCAGACAGUAGAGUUGGAACGGGAGCUUGAAAAAGUGAAAAGCAAGAAGACGAAUCUAGAACGGCGGAAAAAAGCUUCUGCUUGGGAACGGAAUUUAGUCUAUCCAGCUGUUAUGAUAUUGCUGCUGAUCGAGACAUCCAUCUCAGUCCUCUUAGUUGCUCUCAACAUUCUUUACCUGUUGGUUGAUGAGACUGCAAUGCCAAAGGGAUCAGGGGGACCUGGCAUAGGAAAUGCCUCCCUAUCCACCUUUGGUUUUGUGGGAGCAGCACUUGAAAUCAUUUUGAUUUUCUAUCUUAUGGUAUCCUCUGUCGUCGGCUUCUACAGUCUUCGUUUUUUUGAAAAUUUCACUCCCAGGAAGGAUGACACAACUAUGACAAAGAUCAUUGGAAACUGUGUCUCAAUCUUGGUGCUAAGCUCUGCGUUGCCAGUGAUGUCAAGGACACUGGGAAUCACCAGAUUUGAUCUUCUUGGAGACUUCGGAAGGUUUAACUGGCUGGGAAACUUCUAUAUUGUAUUAUCUUACAACUUGCUCUUUGCUAUCAUGACAACAUUAUGUCUGGUCAGAAAGUUCACUUCCGCUGUGCGAGAAGAGCUCCUGAAGGCAUUAGGAUUAGAUAAACUUCAUCUGUCAAACAAUCCAAGAGACUCGGAGACAAAGCCGUCUGCAAAUGGGCAUCAGAAAACACUGUGAUAAACAAUCACCUGCA